AUUGUUUUGAAGCUGCUUCCAGUGAAAAGGGAGAAACCCCUCUGUCUGUGAUUCCGGGAAGCAAUAAGCACCUACAUGAAAAUAACCCCAUCCUUAAUCCCCUGCCUAUCCGUUUUGAUCUGAUGGCUUCAGCGCAGGCUGGAAGAUCACUGCGCGACAGAAAACGAAGGCAAGUUAACAAGAUGUGACCGGUCCCAUGGAUAAAACAAUAGAGAAAAACCUCCUCCACUUUGUCUAGAAGUCUGGUGCUAUUCUUAUGUCCAGGUAGCAAUGUGGGUCACACUGGGCUUAGUUUGCUGCCUAGUAUUUUGGGGGCUACCAUUGACUCUCUGCUCCUGCCCAUCCCAGUGUACCUGCUCUUUCCACAGUAUAAGUGACGGAACAAAAGCAAGAGCCGUGCUAUGCAAUGAUCCUGAGAUGACACUCACACCUGUGAACUUCCCAGUGGACACAUUUAAAGUCAGAAUAGAAAAGACAGCCAUCCGGAGGGUUCCAGGGGAGUCUUUCCAUUCCCUCCAUAACUUGGAAUUCCUUUGGAUGCCCUACAACUCCUUGGCAAGCCUCAGUGUGACUAACUUUAGAGGCCUCCGCCGGCUGCAAGAGUUAAGACUGGAUGGAAAUGCUUUGACCUCCUUCCCUUGGGACUCCCUACUGAGUAUGCCCCAGUUAAGGCUCUUGGACCUGCACAACAAUGAACUUGCCUCCAUACCAGCUGAUGCUGCCCAAUAUGUCCGGAACAUCACUUAUUUGGAUGUCUCAAGCAAUAAACUGGUUACACUCCCUCAGGAACUUAUCGCAGUCUGGUCGAACCUCCAAGCAGUUCCGUACUUCCCCAAUGACAACUCUAAGAUCAUCUUAGGUUUACAGGACAAUCCUUGGACAUGUGACUGCAGCCUCUAUGAAAUGGUCCACUUCCUCAAUUUUCAGUCCCCCAACAUAGCAUUUGUUGAAGCAAGACUGAAGUGUUUUGCGCCCAGGAGUCUGGCAGGUAUUUUCUUCACCCAAGUCGAACUGAGAAAGUGUCAGAGCCCUGUUGUGCACACAUCUGUCGCCAAAGUGAAGACCAUCCUAGGAAGCACAGUCCUGUUGCGGUGUGGGACCACAGGCGUGCCUAUUCCUGAGCUGAGCUGGAGGAGGGCUGACGGAAACCCGCUCAAUGGAACAGUACACCAAGAAAUUUCCAGUGAUGGAAUGAGCUGGUCUAUUUUAGGCUUGCCUGUGGUGUCUUACCUCGAUUCUGGAGAAUAUAUAUGCAAAGCCAAAAACUUCCUUGGAGCAACAGAAGCUUUCAUCUCCCUCAUCAUCACUGAAUCUGAAAGCACGGAUGUCCCCAGUGCAAAUUCUAAAGGAACCUGGAAUGGAAAGGUGGGUGGGAUGGAAGCAGCAGCUUACAACGACAAUUUAGUUGCAAGAUACGUUAUCACAACUUCAACUUCUCCAACUUUGGGUGCCAGGUCAAUUCGGGCCAACACAGAAGGGAACCCAGUACUUCAAGAUGAGGCACCUAAUAUGAUCAACAAUCCAAGGAAUCUCGUAGCAAGUCCACCCCCUGCCCAACAGGAGCCUGAACGCAUAGUCAGGUCAGUCAGAGUGAUAGGAGAUACAGAUCAUAGUGUCACAUUAGCGUGGAAAGCUCCCCAGGCCAAGAAUACAACUAUCUUCAGUGUCUUGUAUGCUAUCUUUGGAGAAAGAGAUAUGCGUCGAAUCAAUGUGGAACCUGGUAAGACCAAGUUAACCAUUAAUGAUUUGAUGCCAAAAACCAAAUAUAUCGUGUGUGUCUGUGUAAAAGGAUUGAUUCCAAGGAAGGAGCAGUGCAUCAUAUUUUCCACAGAUGAAGUGGCCAGUGCUGGUGGAACUCAAAAACUUAUCAACGUGGUAGUCAUCAGUGUAGCUUGUGUCAUCGCUGUCCCACUGACAUUAGUAGUCUGUUGUGGGGCCCUGAAAAGGCGCUGCAAAAAAUGUUUCACACGGAAACCCAAAGAAAUCCAAGACUCUUAUGUCACCUUUGAAAGCCUCUCUCCAGGGGCCAAAGUCAAAGGAACAGAAGGGGAGUAUUUAACAAGACACACGCCAGAUGAAUCUAAUAGGUUGCUCUCAGCCAGGUCUAGUGUGGACUCAGAAGCAAUACCAAAAGCAGAAGGACAGCCAAAUGAAUACUUUUGCUGAUGCUGGAUCAAUAAUCUGGCCAACCCAACAUAUAGAUUGCAUCUAGCCAUUCACAUUGCAUGACAUCCGAGCCUUUCAUGUCACAACUAUUAUUUCUCAUAUGCUGGGAAAAAACAGUGUGCAUCUUGACUGAGACUUUUUUCACAAUCUUGAAUUUAAUGGUGAAAAAGCUAUAUGAGAAUUCAGUGUAACUUUCCCCCUCCACCAUCAACAUGUAAAAAAUUCAUCUGUGAUUGAAAGACACAAUUUUCUAACAUUUUGUGUAAUGUGUGGAAUCUCUCAAUAUGGAAGCAUGAGGUUGUGGGGCAGGAAGAUAGAGGAUCUGUUCCGUUAUGGCUUACAGAGAACGAAAUGCUAGAGAGGAUAGAAGCUGUGUAAGUAUAUACCAGGUGUAUGGACUCAGUCAAGAGGGUGCUGACUUUGGGCUGUUGGGGACUUGGAGGUCACUUAUUUUAAGGACUGCCACUAGUCAAUUUGUGGACAGCUAACAAAUUAUAAGACUUUUUGCUACCGGAAGUGAAAAGCUAGAUAGUCAUGUCCUCCUCCAAUGCCAUAGGCAACAGCUGACUGGGCUGCCAAUUGAAUACUGACAAUAGAAUUACACCCUCCCUCACAAUUGACAAGUUUAGUGGAAUAGGAUAGCAUAUGUGGCACACACAAAUAUGUCUCUGAAAAGAGUGAAAGAUGGUUAGUUGAUCAGGGAAAACCAGCAAGCUCCUAUUGCUGCUUCCUGUCCAAUUGUUGCCUGUAGUGGCUGCCUCUUCUUGCCUCAAGGUAAGGUCAGUCACUCAAAGAGUAUAUGUAUGUACAUCCCUCUGUCCGCUCACUUAUCCAUCCAGAUGAGCAAGGAUAAAUAUUGGUAUUUCUGAAGCAGAUUAUGUUUUAUAUCUCCUAGGCCAGAACAGAAAAGAUUAAAGGAUUCUGAUAAUACUGCAUACAAAAGGUGCAAGUUCCGUGGCCUUCCAGAUCUUGUUGGACUGCAUUUUCCUGCAGCUCUAGCCAAAAAAAGCCAGUGGUGAAAAAUGCUGGGAAAUGCAGCUCAACAAUAUCAAGAUGAGAAUAUGAUUCCUACUUAUGUCAUACUCCGGUUCCCUAAACAAGUCUUCACCCCAUAUCUUGAAAGCAGGGGGAAGAAAACAUUAUUGGUAGUGAAAGUGUCCCAUAUUGUCAUUCAUACACCCUGAACAAAUACAUCUGUUCAGUGAAUACAUGUACAUAUAUCUGAUAUUUUCAAAAGCAUAUUAUAGCAAUCAUCUUGUCAAUUCCCUGUUCUGAAGUUCAUUGCAUAAUGUAAAAUGAGGUGUGAUAAACUGUUAGAAUGAUGCAAAGAGAAAUGACUUUUGAUAAUAAUAAAGUGAAUGAAAUUAC